CGAGGAUAUGCUGGACGCGCGGGGUCCGCCCGUGCAGUUCGAGUUGCAAGCGGGCGAGGAGACGAAGCUGCAGGAGCUCACGCGGCACUGGAUGAACGAGCGGCACGCGCCGGACAUUCUGCCUGCGCAGAGUGUGUUGCUGGGGAGACUGCUGGAUCAUAUCAGGAAACAGAAUGACACCGUGCAGUUGCUGAGAGCGGACCCUGACUCGUCCGAGGAGGAGCACUUUCGGAUAAUGCUUGCCCAGACGGAGAUCGAACGCGUCAAGUUCAUCGUGCGAUCGUAUGUACGGACACGAUUAUACAAGAUUGAGAAAUACGCGAGAUAUAUCGUGGCCACACCAGAGGUACAGGAGCGACUGUCAGAAACUGAGCUUCAGCAUGCACGGAGAUACGCCCAUCUUGUGGAGUCCCACUUCCACAGGACGGUACUACAGAGCUUACCAGAGGAACAGAGAGGCUUGGCAGAUGAAACGGCCUUCAUGCCUCCCAUGAUCCCCGAACCUGACAAGACGCGGGCUGUAUUUGCGAUGGCCCGAACAAAUUGCCCGCCAGUGCGAUUGCCAGACGGAAGCACCUCGGAGAUGGAAAAGGGACAGAUAUCGCUUACACCUUACUAUGUUGUAGAACAGUUACUCGCGCGGGGAGAAGUAGAGCUUGUCUGAUCCACAUCCUUCACUGGUCGUGGACCUCUCAGUCUCAUGCGUGCUCGCUGCUCAUGACUUCGGUGCGUCG